UUGUUUGAGUUAGAGCUGGGGCGAGCCCCUUGAUAUCGGUUCUGGGGACUGCCCUGCUCGGCGCGCCUCGUCACCCAAAAGAAAAAGCACAACUUGAUCCGUUCGCGGUGGCGAAAUUCGACAGACCUCGUUAUAGCAUAAAGUGUCCACGCCUCGGACCUCAAGCUUAAAGGCACAAUUCUAUCGAGGGUUUACCUUCUUCGGAAUAAGGUGAAGAUAGUCCAUACUGCCUUGAGGUUUCAUCUAUACUGGAGCAUGCGAUAUUCCCUUCGCAUCCGGGUCUAUGUUGUCCUCCCGAGGUUGCUACCGAAUCCGCCGAGCCACUUGACUCCCAUUUCCUUUCCCGGCCAGCAGCGCGCCCGCUAUUCACCGCUCCAGAACCGAACCAUCCCAAUCUGCAAAGGACAUCCGCCGUGGAUCCUGGGGACCCAGACUUAGAAUCUGUGUUAAAAAAAAAAGGGUAUUUCUGGGGCCCUUCUUCUAGAGAGCCAGGCGUAUAUCGCCGGGAUUUUAGCUUCUACCGGAGCUAGUGCAGUUCUUAUUUUAUCUCACAAUCUCUCCGCCCCGUCGGCCACGUUUUUUUUUUCUUUGUCCCCCCCAAAGAAGUUGUGAGGAUCAUGGCCCAUCAGGAAGUAGCCUACCGAACUUCUGCCAUGCCGAACGGAUCCUGGAAUUCCUCCCGCAGCGUCAUUUAUAAUGACAGCAUAUAUCCAGGUAGCACCCGUGAGAACGGGUACUCAAGCUCAAGUGUGAUAUACUCGUCCGGGUGCGGUUCAGCAUACAGUUCGCCAGCCAAUGUGUCGAUGAUGGGGACCAGUGGUCCAGUCGGCCGGCACCAGUCUGCAUACUCUUCCUCGCCGGUUUACAUCUCGAGAGCGCAGUCCGGGCCAUAUGGAGCUUCUUCCGGAGGAGCGUAUGGCUCGUACAAUAGCACAGGCUCGCAGGGUUGGGAUGGACCGAGCAGAUACUCCCCAACGGAUUCUGUUGAUGAUAUUAUUGCGUCUCCCAGUUUAUCGGAUUAUACCUUGGAUAAUAAUGGCGGAAGUUCUGCGCCAGCAGCAAAGUCCAAGAGCAGUGGCAAGGGCCGUCCUCAGAGACGACCCUCUAAUAGGGACGAGUUCGAUGGACCUCAUCAGUACCUAGCGAGGCCCCCGCCGGAUUAUGUGGCCAUGCAGGAGAGGGAGCUUCCUCAUCUCCCUACAAAUCUUUUGGUGCAAGAACAGGAUAGUGUCCUGACGCAAGUCAACGAUCGACUCUCGCAGUGCGCGUUCGACUUUGUUGCAAAAUACCAGUUUCCAAUUCCUUUGACCCAGGAUAUGAGGCCAGUCGAGAGACCACAUGAUAGAGAAUGGACCGAAUGGGUUUACUUACUCAAGCGCCUUGCGACCAAGAGGCGAAUCCCCGCCCGGGUCCUUUAUAACGGACAGAUCAAGCAGUUUGUGACAAUUCUGGAAAAUUCGUUGGAGAUGCGGCAUGCUGCGAAGCAUCAGUCGCGCCCGCUGAAGGAUGACCGGAACAUCCUCCAACUAAUCAGUGCCGGUAUCCAGGUUGCGAAGAUUCUUAAGGACGCAGCCGCGAUGGAUUACCUGGACAGACUAUACGUUUCAACCGAGCAACAGAUUCAGGAACGAAGCGCUGUGGCGUCAGCACGUUUCCGCUGAAGGACAAUACACUCACGCACACACACACACACACCAUUGGAAUUAUAAACCGAUGAUAACAACGUUUUACUCUCGAAGCUUUUCAGCGUUU